AUGCGCCUGACGAGCUACGGAUACUAUUUGGCGGAACAAAGUCAACAGUUCUUGUUCAACUCCACUCUCUACCACGAGAAUCAGCCAUGGAGAGACGUUCGUCGUCGCGGGUGUUCCAAGGCCCAUCCAUGCAGCGAUACGGCGUGCCACGCUCUUCAACCCUCCAAGGUCAUCAGCAAAAAGACAAACGGCAUCAGCAAAGGGGAGCAAGAUCCGUCAAUUCUCGAGAAAAGUGGCCAGUCUUUCGGUACAGAUGCCUACGAUAGCUUCCUGGCCGCGCUUCUGCUCUCUUUCGCGCAGACGUUUCCGGAUCGGCAGGUUCCCACAGUCUGGAACCAAGAACACGAGAGAGCGUCGCUGGAUUUCCAGCAUGAUGUCUCGGAAACCGUGGGGUGGUUUACAUCACUCUGCCCUAUUUUAACCAGCGUGUUGCCGACUGAUGAUAUCUUGUCGGUCCUGUAUCAUGUCCAGGAUACUCGCCAAGCCAUGGUUAGCAAAGUUGCACCUUUCUUCGCAGCAAGCCUGUCGGACCCCGGCGAGUGA